UGCACACGAAAUCUGUGUCACUGCGCUCUGGUCUGGCGGAUGUGAGGAUACACCUUGAGGACAGGGACGUGUUGGCCAUGUCUUUUAUAAACAGCAGAUGAAAUUCAUGCAGAUAAUCAAGGAGGCACACAGGAUCUGCACGGUAACUGUAGCUGCCACACCAGCUAACUCCAGAUCUUUUCCUCCUGAUGCUGAGAGGUUCACCAUCACAGAUCUGUGUCAAGCACAACUGAAUCGCUUUUUGUCAUCUCCAUGAUUAUCCUCUCUGCCGUGGAUUCCUGAUGAUGUGUUUCAUGGUUUAAACAGCGCACACUUCUCCUGGGUCCAAACAACGCCCUCAUUGUACUUCUCAGCAAGUCCAGACGUGAAGUCAAGAUGUCCAUCACCAACACGCCUACCAGCAACGAUGCAUGCCUGAGCAUCGUGCACAGCCUGAUGUGUCACAGGCAGGGUGGCGAAAGCGAGACCUUUGCCAAGCGGGCCAUCGAGAGCCUGGUGAAAAAGUUGAAGGAGAAAAAAGAUGAGCUUGACUCGCUCAUCACAGCUAUCACCACCAACGGGGCUCAUCCCAGCAAGUGUGUAACCAUUCAGAGGACACUUGACGGACGACUGCAGGUGGCUGGACGUAAAGGUUUCCCGCAUGUCAUCUACGCCAGAUUGUGGCGGUGGCCAGACCUGCAUAAGAAUGAACUGAAGCACGUCAAAUACUGCCAGUUUGCCUUCGACCUCAAGUGUGACAGUGUGUGCGUCAACCCCUAUCACUAUGAGAGAGUGGUGUCUCCUGGCAUAGAUUUAUCUGGACUGACACUGACCAGCUCUGGACCCAGCUCAGCACUGAUGGUUAAGGAUGAGUAUGAUUUUGACGGACCGCAGAGUCUCCCCUCUAUCGACGGAGGGCACUCCCUCCAGACCAUUCAGCACCCCCCAUCCGGCAGUCGCCCAGCCCCCUCUGAGCCAUUUGCCACCCCGAACCUGCUCCCCCCCGCAGAGGCUUCCACGUCUGCCUCGACAUCGUCUUUCCCCACCAUCGCAGCCGGAUCAGGCAGUGCCAGCACAACCUGGUCUAGGAACAGCAGCUUCACCCCCAACAUACCCCACCACACCAACGGCCAUCUACAGCACCACCCUCCCGUGCCACACCCAACACACUACUGGCCGGUUCAUAAUGAGCUCGCCUUUCAGCCUCCCAUAUCCAACCAUCCAGCCCCUGACUACUGGUGCUCCAUCGCCUAUUUUGAGAUGGAUGUCCAAGUGGGGGAAACAUUUAAGGUGCCCUCUUCUUGCCCCAUUGUGACUGUGGACGGUUAUGUGGACCCCUCAGGAGGAGACCGCUUCUGUCUGGGCCAACUCAGUAACGUACAUCGCACCGAGGCUAUCGAGAGAGCGAGGCUUCACAUUGGAAAAGGGGUCCAGCUGGAGUGCAAAGGUGAGGGAGAUGUAUGGGUGCGAUGCCUCAGCGACCAUGCAGUGUUUGUCCAGAGUUACUACCUGGACAGAGAGGCAGGCAGAGCCCCGGGAGACGCUGUUCAUAAAAUCUACCCCAGCGCUUACAUCAAGGUGUUUGACCUCCGUCAGUGCCACAGACAGAUGCAGCAGCAGGCUGCUACAGCUCAAGCAGCAGCGGCAGCCCAAGCAGCCGCUGUGGCUGGAAAUAUACCUGGACCUGGCUCAGUGGGAGGGAUAGCCCCAGCUAUUAGUCUGUCAGCAGCAGCCGGUAUCGGAGUUGACGACCUACGCAGGCUGUGUAUUCUCAGGAUGAGUUUCGUUAAAGGUUGGGGGCCCGACUACCCCCGCCAGAGCAUCAAGGAGACACCCUGUUGGAUUGAGAUCCACCUGCACAGAGCUCUACAGUUACUGGAUGAGGUUCUGCACACCAUGCCUAUAGCAGACCCACAACCUCUGGACUGAGCUCUUUUGAACUGCGGCACCACAUUGCAACAUGCAGUGAAAACAGAAAGUCUUCCUCAGUGAAACUGUUCUGGAUGGAUAAGCCUGUGAAGCGGCCAUGAAGCUGUGACGCUGAAGCUUUUCCCUGUGAAAAAAACAACUUUCAAGUGUGUUUGCCGCACUUUCGUGCACUGUGGCCCCGAUUUUUGCUUUUUAAGCAAGAGUGACACUAAAAAGAGCCAAAACUAUAUAUCAAAGAUAUCCUCAGCUAUAUUUUUGAUAGAUGGUUUAGAUGUGUGAUGACUGGAAUCUGAACUGUAGGACUUGACAAAGAUAACUACAGUUAUAAAACACCAACACACGCAUACAGACAACCUGCAGAUCCCAUCAAACUGGAAUGUACGCCGACUACUCUGCGUCCCUGGAGUCCACAACCAUCAACUACUGACAGGUGUUAGAUAUACUGAACUAGACAAUGAUGCCUGAGUGCUUUACAGCUGUGGGAUGAGAUGCUGUUCACAGAGGUCCUCUAAAUCCAGUGCACCAGAGUGCUGCUGGUUUUCUGUUGGGUAAGUUUUCAUUGAAGCUGUUACAGACUGUUAUACACCUGAGAUGACAGAUGAGUUCAGUCUGGCUGAAUAGAAAACCAGCAGCACUCUGAUCAAGAGGAUCAUUGCUCAACAUCUUGCUGUCACCUGGCUUUCAGCCACUGAAUCGGACUGGGGACAACCCAGCUGGAUCAGUCUCCUGUGAGAAUAAAAUGACAUGCACCAUGCCUACAGAGCAUGAGGCUCUGUACUGAAACAAGGUCUAGUCUAAAACUACGCACAUGUGUGUUUAAAAGAUAGCUGCAGGUCUGUGCCUGGUGGGUGUCCAAUGACAAAUCUGUUUUCUCUUCUCUAUUAAACAAGAUUAUGAAGCUCUUCGUGGAGGUUUUAGAGCAGAUGACAAUUUCUCCACUUAUGCAGGGUUGGUUUUUUUGUUUUUUCUUGGAUGCAACAUACAUACAAAUCAAAAUAACCUAUUAACGAUUUAUCUAUCCUUACUGACUUUCUAUGGUCGUAUUUUUUGGUUCAUAUCACUCACUCUAAAAACAAAAAAAAAAAACACAUGAUACUCUUUAAAGUGGUCUUUCACCAUUAGUCGCCUCCAUGUGUUUCAGGUAUAGUUACUGUUUUGGAAAACGCCCUCGUUUAUGCUGCCAGAAAAAUCUCAAACGCCUUCUGUGAGCUUGUUGCCUUUUGUCAAGUUCACAGAGAGCAAAAACAGCUGGAAAGCUUUUGGUUUAACAAGAUUGAAGUUAGAAAGCGGAGAGGAGGAGACGGAUGUGUUCGCAGUACGAAGAACAGGGUUUAUUGAUGUUUUGCUCUUGAGGCAAACCAAAGUAUUGAUUGCUCAGAAACAUACUGUAAGCCUAGUCUGAUCAUGAGGUCAGAUGUCCAGUUAGCUGCUGGACUUUUCCUGAGAAGUAGGCUUGUUGAAUUGAAUUUUGAAAGGUAUUUUUAAUCAAAAUCUCAAAGAAUACCAGACCGUCUCUCCGCACCAUCUUAAAUAUCUUAUGACUUGCAGCCCACUUAUAUACUACUUGAUCCAGGUCUCUUGUGUGUAUACUGACAAAGAUGAGAAUUUAAGACAGUUUCCCAGCAAUAUUGAUAUAUUUUCUUGUUUUUUUUUUUUUUUUUAACUUUUAUUAAGUGAUUUGUAUUAUAUUUUUAGCACUUUACAUUUUUUUUCUUGUUUCUUGUUUUAACUCAAUAACCAUAAUUUUGAAGUGGUUGUCCUGCGAUAAAGUGAAUAGGUUGGUUUAUAUUUGAUUUAGAGUUGUGAGCAGAGGCAACAUUGUGAUGCAUUUGUAUUGAAAACACAUGUAACACUAAUAAGCCACCUUUUCACUCUAUAAGCAUUUACACAUAUGUAGGGUUUCUUUUGGCUCUUUUCUUUUGGAUUUGCUGUCUUUUUAAUCCAUGUAAAUAACUUUGUUUUUGAAAUGCAUGUCAAUGUUUGCAUGAAUGUAAAUGGAAGAUAGACCCCUCCAUUCUUUCCCGCUUUUUAAAAACGACGACUCCCUCACUUCUCCUGCAUUACACAGUGAACUGAUCUAUCACAGGAGAGCAUGAACUAUUAGUUAUUUCCCUGGAUUACAAAACCAUUUACAAAACCACCAGCAUUUAAAAGCAUGCAGAGGGAAGCCACCCAGUCAUAAUUGAUAUCAGUUAUGCAGAUCAUUUUUAUAAACUCAACUUUGUAGCAGCCAAACUUCUAAAGAAGACAGUGUAUUUGCCAAAACUUACAUUUGAUAGAAAUUCAGUAGCUUCAUCACUUGUUGAACAAAUGACGACAAGCACGAUAUUCUCCCUCUCACAGAUGGUGAAACAGCUGAGUGAAAUAAUUUAAUGUCAUCACAUCUCCCCUCCUCUGCCCCGAGUUGCAUGUGAUCAUCGGUUGCACUGUUUUUUAAAGUUAUUCAUGAUAGAUAUCACAAAUUGAUUAGGAAUGAGUUGUUGCUUUACUCCCUUCAGUUGUGUCCCACAAACAUCUGCUCAUGCUUCUCCACACUGAGCUGCAAUACAGUAUUUUUUUUUUCUUCUGGUUGUCUGUUAACAUAGCUAUAUAAAAAGUUGUUUUUUUAACUAACUAUAUCCCUAAACAGGUGUGUAUCUUUUGAACAGUGCUGUCUUGUAACAGGUGAAAUAGAAAAGGACUAAUUGGAUUUGUUCAUGGUUUUGCUGAAAAUCACAGAUUUGUUUUUUUCCCCUUUUUCUCUCUGAUAUUCAGUUGAAAGUUUUUAUUUUAUUUUAAAGCAAAUUGAAGCAAUGGCCUCUUUCUGCCUUUCUUUGACCAUUUCACUUUGAACGGCAUUGUGUAAAUAAACGGGUUGAGUUUUAACAAGUUAAUCUUAAGAUUUAAUCACACAAUUAUGCAUCUGAUCAAAUGGCAGGAAACAAUAUUUUCUGAUUAUGAUGUCACUGAAAGAAGUGAUGCUCAAUUUGCUGAAUUAACCUGUUAUAUUCUGUUGUGCUUUAAGGUGGACAGAUGAUUUUAUAAUACUUGCAGUUAUAAUAGGAGCCUAAAGACAGCUCAAAUGGGCUGAUGUUGACUACUAUGACAGAUUGCAGAUAUACAUUUUACCUGUUUUUCUUAUGUAAGAGUCUAUAAUUAAAUAUGGCCUGAUAUUCUCUAAC